UUCAGUUUCGUCGCGAAUAGAUUCCGGCAACUGUUACUGUUUGAAUGAUUUAAAUAACAAAGUAAAGAAUUUGUACCCUAUAACCCAACCUCUGGAUCGCGUUUUAGUUUCGCAGAAAGAUAAGUCAAGUUUUAUGAUGCAACAUGAUACGGACCUUGGUAAAACAGAAUGGAAUCUUCUUAAAAUAUUUGAUUGUUCACCGCAAUGUAAAUAUGCAGUAAUUAUAUUGAAUCGUCCACUUCAUUGGAAACAUGACAUUUUAUUUAGAAUUUGGGAAAAUGCUCAGAUUAAUGUCACUGUUGAUGGUGGAACGCAUAGGUGGGUAGAUUAUUUAAAAGAACAAGGUAUAGAUCUUUUAAAUGGAAAACAUUCUCAAUAUGUACCUAAUCUAAUUACUGGUGACAUGGAUAGCUGUUCUCCUGCAGUUCUUGAGAAGUUAAGAUCUAUGGGUUCAGUGAUUAUUGAAACACCUGAUCAGGAUCAUUCUGACUACACAAAAGCUUUGCGUCAGUUGAGACAGUAUGCCAAGAAAAAACAUAUAAAUUUGAAGGCAGUAUAUGUAUUCGUAGAUUCUUCAGGAAGAUUUGAUCAUAUUGUUGGAAAUAUUAAUACACUCUAUAAAAGUGACAAACUUAUUGGUCAAAUACAGGUUAUUCAAAUUGCUAGUGAUUCAUUAACAUGGGUUCUGAAACCAGGUUUUCAUAGUAUAUCCAUUCCUAAUAUUUUAGUACAAAAUAAUACUUGGUGUGGACUUCUACCAAUUGGAACACCUGUCAACUGUAUAAGCACAACUGGUUUAAAAUGGAAUUUAAACAAUGCGACUAUGCAGAUUGGUGGUCUAAUAAGUUCUUCAAACACAUAUGAUAAUUGUUCUGAAGUAAACGUCAGUACGGAUUCAGUAGUGAUAUGGACAAUGGGUAUAGACCCACUUCAGGAGAGUAUGUGUAGUGUGGAAUAGUGUCAUCAAAGUAGAUUGUCAUUAGCAAAUGACAUUUGUAUUUGACUAUCUGGAUUUUUUACAUCAUCAGUGCCUCAGGUUUCAGUAUAACAAUAGAAUAAUUUCUUUACACUUUUAAAACGAGAAAAUAAAAUUAUUUUUAAAUAUUUA